UAUAACCUUUAUGGUGUUUGUAAUAAGAAAUAAUAUUAUACAGUAUUUGACAUCAAACCCCUAUAGUACCAUAUCUACAAAAAGCAUGCUCUUUGCCUUGCUUUCGACAUCCAUAAACUACAGAAGGUACAAAACUCUAGCAUUGCCUCUAGUUGCUAAUACCUAUUUCUACUUGGGAAAUACUGAUAAAAGCAUUAAAUUCACUAAUGUUACAAUCUAAAAUUCUUGGAUUACAACCAUCAGAUUUUCACAAAAAUCGUGUGUGCCAAAAAAUAUAAGCGACGGUUUAGCUACGGCUGAAGGGGACCGGUUGAUUCUUUACAUAAAAUUUCAAUGUGUUCUGGAAAUGGUUUGCAAAGAGGACGUGGUAUCAUGGUUUAAAGAAUUGGAAAGUUAUAAACGCAUAGAUGCGAUGUGUACGUUACUAAAUAUGUGUUUACCAUUCGAACUUCGUUUUAUUGGUACAUACCUGGAAGAGCUCGGCAAGCGGGACUUUCAGGAGUUGCGUGGUGCCGAAUUGAGAGCGAACAACCCCACAGAUUUGGCUGCUGACAUCGGAGGAGCCAAUACAGAUUCUAGAACAAGACGGAAAAUGGCUUUAUAUGUGUCUUUACUGCGCUCGUGUAAUUUUGCUUGUGCCACCACAUUGUACAAUGCAAUGGUUAGCUUGGAACAAAGUGGCCUCCUGAAAGGACUGUAUGGUGAUCUGUUAGAAGAAAUUUUACUUCUAUACACCAUGGCAUUACACCAUCCAGCUUUCACUUUUGACCAGAAGUCACAUUUUGGUGAAAUCUUAGAUAAAUUGAAAGUGGAGGACCAAAGGAUACAAUUUCAAGAGCAACAAGAACACAUAAAUGUAGCUCCUGUGAGUGCAUGCCAUACUCAGUCUAGUGUGUCAGCAAACAUGUCUGUUCCACCACCUAAUUUAACUAGCUUGGGGCCUCCACCUGGUAUCAUGUUUGUCAAAACACCCGGGGUGCAGCCUCAGGCAAGCACAGAUGCAAUACCUCAAGAACUUAGCUCACCACCAAUGCUUGGUGGGACGGGCACUGUAGUGCCCAUGCUUAGCGAAGUGCCUCAUCCACCUCCAGGUCUGCCAAUACCACAAUACAACAUGGGAGAAUAUAUGGGCCAGCAUAGUUGGCCAGCAAACAUCAUAGUACAACCAAUUAAUCAACCAUUGGAGGUGAUAAACUACCCACCGGCCCCUGGUGCACCGACGUCACCGCUAGUCUCGUCGCCGGGCGACAGUCGCGCCGCAUCGCCGCGGGCGCGCAGACGUCUGUCGCGCGACCGCUCGCCGCCCUUACCGCCGCCUGGGCCGCCCGAUCAGCAAUCCUUGCCUCAUCUUGCGACUAACUUCGAAAAUCUAUCUGUAGUUGAGAUGCGGCACAGCAUAGGCGAGGAUCGGUUGCGCGAGCUGACCGCCGCGCAGCACUACCGCUCGCUGGAGAAGUUGAACGGCGUGCGGCGGCGUGCGGGCGCGUACUGCCCCCCCGCGCGCUCCUCCUCCGACAGCGGCUCCAGCGCCGCCUCCUCACCGCCCGGAACGCCCGCCCCGCCCCCCCGCCGCGCCACUCCCUCCGCCCCGCCGCCUGUCUCGUUCCUGCAUUACCCGCGCCCCUACCCCUACCCGACCCCUCCACCCGCCUACCGCCCUCCCCCGCCGCCCUUCGCCGGCGUCGCCAACGGCGAACCUCCCCCCUACCCCGCACCCGCACCCUACGGAGGCUUCGUGCCAGUACUAUACGCACCCGCGAAGCUCUCCUGCUACAACUGCGGGGCGGCCGGUCACGCGGGACACGAGUGCAAGGAGCCGAGCAUGGAGGAAAUGACGCGCGCUGGCGGCUAUCAAUUAGACUUCGGUGGCGCGCCACCGGAACCCGCCGACAAGUAGCCCGCGCCGCCGGGCUUCGGCCCCCCCGCCGGUGAGCGGCCGAGGUGAGUAGCUUUAGCCGACGUCCUCGUGCGAUCUGUCCAUUAGUACCAAAGUGUCAGGUCGGUCGGGAGUUUGUGCAUAGUUGUGACCUGAGCCGGCCCGCGUACGCGCGCCACCCGCGAUCUUGCAACGAUCGCAAACGACAGACGUUUUGGUCAUAGAUCUUAAUAUUCGGUUAUAUUAAUGUUAUGUGCGUUUAUUGGACUAACUUAUUAUGGAACAGUGAAUUGUUAAAUGGGUAUGUUUAAGAGUAAUUGCACUUUCGAUUUAUACCAUAAUCGUGACCUUUCCUCGUGUUCAGUAUAACUAGGUGUAUAAAUGAUUAAUUUGUUAUUCAUAAGCAUAUUUUCAAUUAUUUUUCCUUUCUCAGAUCUGAAUAUACAUUGCAAUGUAAUUAAUAAGUCAUUAUAAUGAUUAAAACUAAAAUAUGUAAAAUAAAUUAGACACAAACAAUUGUGGUUGAAAAUAACACAAAACUCAAAUAAAAAGUUAUUUGUAUCCAAAUUCAACACAUUAAAUUUAUGAUAAUAUUGAUAAAAUAAAAUUAAGGGCAUAUUAAAUUGAAAACUUAAAAUCUUCUCUCAACAAUUUCAUUUUUAUAUUGUUUUGAUUUUGUGUAAGGAAAAUUCCAUUUUAUUCACAUUUAGUUUUUUGUUAUCUAGAUACAAUAUAUUUUCGAUUAAUUUUAGAACCCUGUUACAUCAACAAAUAUAUACAUACCUAUUUUAACAAUUUUAUGAAUUUUUAAAUCUGAUCUCUACAUAAACAAUUUGUUAGAGUGAUACUAUGAAAUCAUUUGUCUGGACUUAUUCUUUUAAUUAAUUUGAAGAAAAAAUAACAUAAAAUGUUUUCAUGAUGACGGAAAGUGUUAUGCUAGAACUUCACUUGACCAUUCGUGUUUGUCCUUUUCAUUUGUUAUAGAGCAUAAAAAGAACAGACUAGUGUUAAGCAAAUACGAAUAGCCAAGUGAAAUUGCAUCAUUACUUGUAUACAAGGCAAAUACCUACUGUGUAUAUGGAGUAUACUUAAAAUGCAAUUUAAUCAAGUAAGCGUAAAUAAAAUUAUAAACAAUAAUGUAAUUAAUAAAAAAUCAUUAUUAAAUCUCUAUUUAAUUUAGCAAUUGAUAGUCGAUGUUUGACCACAAAUAAGUAGCUUAGACCUACCUACUUGAAUGGAUAAAUUAACAUAUUUAAUAUCUUUGUCUUGUGAUUUGCAUCAUGCUAAAUGGUGGCCUAUGAUCGAUUGCUAUAUAGAAUAGGGUAAACAAGUAUAAUAAAAUAUAUUCACACUGAAAUAUGGAUGAGUGUGGUGAUUAAGAAAUUGCUAUCAAAAUGUAUUACUUAAAUCGAAAUUGCAAUUAUCUUAUAAAUAUAGUGAGGCCAUUACAUUUGCCAUUUAGAGGGAAUUCCAUAAAUUUACGUAUUUUGUUACAGCAGCGGGUUAGUAAUGUAAUUUAUCUAUGGGGAUUUAGCUGGACAUACCGCAUUUGCCUAAAAAGUUCGACCUCUUUGACUUUAAGCUGAUAAUAGUAUGCGCUCGGUCUUGUCACCUUAUUUUUCUUUUAUUGUAAUGAGGAUGGUAAAAUUAUGUGGUUAGCUUGAUGGUAAAGUGCUCUUCGCACUAUCCAUCCUGCUUGUGAAACAGCGCUAUACUUGUAAAAGAGAUGUAUAUAUCUUUUUUACUUGUUGCAUAUGCUGUCUCGCACGCUCGAUCCAGCGAGAUGGAUACUGCGUAGAGCCUUUAAGUGGACAUCACAUACAUACAGGGUUACCAUCCAUCCGGAUUAGUUCGGACUUUAAGACUAUAGUCCAGACUUAGUCUGGAUCUUUAAAUUGUCCGGAUUUUUUAAAUUACAUUUCAUAUGAAUAAUGAAAGUACAUAUUGAUUUAAAUACCAUACCAUUGUAACUAAGUGAGUAAUGGUACCAUUUUGUGACUUUUAGUCCGGACUUUUCUCGAAAUGUAAGGAUUUUUGUCAGGACUUUUGAAAUUCCUAAAUGGUAACCCUACAUACAUAGACCCUUGCGAUACCACAGUAUCAUUAACGCGAUGUCUACCCUGACACAGACAUAGAAAUUGGACUGAGCGUUCCUUAACCAAUUGUUAAGUAAAACUGAACAGUGUGAGAGCGACAAACCGAUCGAGUGGCUUAUAGUUCGUCUAUGUAUUGGAUGUGGUUUCUCUAUUUCUGGAGAGUUGUCAACUUUAUAUGAGUGUCUUUUAGUCCAUUUCCUAUGUCUAUGACAUUUAUGUACCGCUCUGGAAACCUCACUUACAGUUAAAAACAACAACACGCACAAAAGUAUUGUUGUUUAAAAAAUUGCAAAAAAUAUCUGAGGCGCUCUAACGUGGUAACUUCCUCGGACGGGUGGCCUUUAAAAUUGUCCUAUUUUCUAGAAAAAGUUCAAGCAAUAACCACGCUAAAGUGCAGAGUGCCAACGCCUGUAUUAAAUACCAUGCAUUUGGAUACCCCAAUGAUUGUUAUGAAACGCAUAAUUUGACUAUUCUUGCCUCUUUUCACCUCUGAAGUGACACUAUUUUAGUCGUGUUCCUUUGUAAAAAAAUAUCAGAAAUUUUUGGUAAUAAAAUUAGCCUUUUGUUUGAUUAUAAGUCAAACACUAGUGUGCCAUAUGGUUAUAAUCGGUAGGUUUAUUCUAGAAAACAUAAAAGUCCAUUUGUAAACAAUGACUAUCGCGGUAUGUUUUUGAAACUUGUACGUUUACCUCUAAAAUAUUUACAAACGCAAUAAUCAUUGAAUGUGGGGAUUUUGUUUGUAUAAAUGAACAUUUUAGUACAUUACCAUUAGUACAAGUUGAGAUUUUUUUUUAAAUAGUAUAGUAAGUUUAGAUAUGUUUUAACUUAAAUAUAAUCCUAUGUUUAUGACUUAUCUAGUGAAUAAAAUGAAACAUAAAAGUUGUAUGAAGCAUUAAAAUGUGAUUAUACUCGAACUCCCGGUGUUCCCUGCUGCUGUUAAGUUAAAACAACCUUUAUGUAAAUAACGUCCAUUUUUUAUUUGUACGUGAGGUCCUUAUAAAUGUUUGGGGUGCUAUGGAAUUCCCUGAAAUUCUGCGUUUUCCUAUACAAAAAAAAACAAAACUACCAAAUUGACAUCAUUUGUGUGAAGCCGAAGUAUUUGUAUUAACCAUGUGACUUCUAAAACUAUUCGUAUAAAUAUGCAGUUCAAAUUGAUGUGACGAAUAUUGUACAAAAGUAUAAUUCAAUUGUUUCCUUUGACGCAAGACUGAUUUCUAAUACUGUAGCUAAAUGGGCUUCUGAAAUUUGUACAGUGAUAUAACUAUAUAUAUAUAUAUUUUAAACUUUCAUGGUCACUGACACUAUAGUAAAUUAUGUUAUUUUCGGGAUUGAUAGCAUGUCCCUUGUUUUUAGCGAGUGUCCGAUAUUUUGGCACUGUUGCAAGCGCCAUGAUCACGUAGUAACUCCCGUAAAUAACAUGGAUUACGUAGUGAUAUAAUUUGACCGCGAUGCGAUAUUUGAUGAAGUCUUGCAACAUUAUCAAUUACAGGACUUUGUUUUGUAAAUCUAAAUAAAAAUCUAAACAACAUUAAUCAUAAAUUAUUAACAGACCAUGCGCAUAUGCACAUGGCAGCUACGAACUGUUUUUUAAAGAACAAGGGAUUAAUUUGAUCAAGCUCACAUGCAAAAUGCUCUUUAAAAUUAAUGUUUAUAUAGUUGUUGUAAAUAACUACAUAAUAUUGUAUAAGUGAUGGGCACAUCACAUUUGAUGUGUUUGCCAUCUUGUAAAUAUUUCAGUUUAUAUUAGUGAAUAUUUAGAGAUUGAAGUUUAUUUGUAAAUUACAUUGUAACAUUUGAGUGCCCCUAUGAAAAAAAAGUUAUAUACUUAAUAAUUAUUGAAAUUGUUUCUCUACAAUCACUGUCACAAAUCACACUUUGCAUUUUUUAAAGUCUCUGUUUUUUGAGGAACUUCAAAUUCAAGGGUUGUAUAAUUGUUUUUGCAUAAUUAUUAGUAAAAAAUAUGUUUUUAUCGGGUCAAAUGAGUCACGCGCAUAGGUGGGUGGGUAGCCGGUGUUUGCCACUGUGGCCGAGUUAUAUUUUAGCAUUAACAAUUUGCAUGUGUUUAUAAAAAAAAUCACAAAUCAUUUCUUGGAUGGUUGUGUUUUCUCUUCGAAUUGCACGAAAAUUAUGACAUUAAAAAUGCAGUGUUAGUUAUGUAUCUUAAAACUUAAAGCACUCGCAAUAAUUAUCACCAAAUGAGAAAAAGACUACACGAAGAGCAUCUAUAUUACUUCAUCAUGCCUUAUGGUUUCAAUGUCCUACAAAAGUUAGUUGCUUCUGUAAUUAAUUGAUUACAAGUGAAUAGUCACUCCUUAAAAAGGUUGUUAGUCCACGUAAUGUAAUAAUUAUGUUAUUUAUAACCUUACGAUUUUAUUAUGAUAUUUAAAACAAGUUGGAUUAUAGUUUAGAUAUAGAUGAAAUAACUUAAUAGCUGUAUCUAUGUAAGUGCGAACACUUGACGAAAUAAGCAAAUAAAUAGCAUUGUAGCUUAUCACGUGGAUAACGAGUAUAUCUCUACGGCUAAAGAAGUCAUGAAGCGUUUUUCGAAAAUUGUGUUGAAUGUGAAAUUGUACGUAAAACGCCAUUGCGCGGCGCGACGCGGCGAGCUUCGUCCGAUCUUCUAUUGUUUAGUUUACGAGCGUUCUGACCGCUGAAAACUGUUCUCGUGUGUUUUGAAAUAAAACAGCUAGCUCUGUGGCCGCCAACGGCGAGUACGCAAAAACCGCUCCGUGAGUUCUUAGUCCGAGUGGUGACUCAAGUUGGGCCUACAUAACGUAGUCGCUGCUGAGUCGUCCUUCACUUCACACAUUAUUCAUUAAAAUAACAUUGUACUGAGUGAAAACAGAGUAACUUAUACAUAGUUCAUUGUUGUCAUCAUUCUUGCAGCUUUAUUUUACUAGUUGAAGUAUGAAGAUAUUUUUUUACUUUGUACAGAAUGUUAUAAAUGUGAUAAAGUAAUUUUUGACAUAAUUAGAAAUUGUGAUUUAGUAAGGUGUGUAGUUUAUUAUAAACAACAAAAAAAUAUACCUAAGUAAUAUACUUACGUGAAUUGAAACUCGCUUCUUUUACCACAUUUUUAUAUUCGGGUACUUAUGUAUUGUAAGUUGUUGUACCUACACUUCUAAUAAAAUUUAUGAUCAACUCAGGAAAAUGAAUGUUUCGGCCCAGUAUUGUAAGACUCCUGUACCCCACCAAUGCUGUGAAUCAUUUGCUUCCUGACAAAUAAACAACCAAAACUGAUA